ACUAAGACUGCGUGGUAAAAACCCACAACCUUUACUUAUAAGGUUUACUUAUAAUCUCAACUAUCCUUGUCCAAACUUCUUCAUCUCUCUCUCUCUCUCUCUCUCUCUCUCUCUCUCUCUACCAACAUCUUGGUCUGUGCUUGGCUCAAGAUUCAGGGAUUAUAAUCAUCAUGAGAGUGCUUCUGGGUCUCCUCUUGCUUCUCUCGGCCUUGACUAACUAUUCAAGUGCAACAUACUGUCUGUGUAGAGAUGGGAUUGGAGACAGACAGCUUCAGUCAUCCUUGGACUAUGCAUGUGGAGCAGGAGCAGACUGCACACCCAUCCUUCAGAACGGUGCAUGUUACCAACCCAACACCGUGAAGAGCCACUGUGAUUGGGCCGUCAACAGCUAUUUCCAGAGAGCCGGUCAAGUCUCUGGGAGCUGUAAUUUCUCUAGCACUGCCGCUAUCAGCACCAAUCCUCCUCCAACUGUGGUUACUGGGUGUGUCUAUCCUUCAAGCCCCAGUAAUGCUGGGACACCAACAUCGACCACACCGCCAGGGACAAAUGGAAGUUCAGGAACAAAUGUGUUUCCUGGAACUCCGGUCUUGGGUCCGACCGGAGUCACCGACCAAGGCAAUGGUGCUACUAGUUUAUACAUCUCUUCUUAUGCGCUCCCCACCCUCUGGUGGUGGUUCUCAGCUCUAGUGUUUCUAUGGGGUCAAUGAAGGAACCAGUGUUUUCUCUUGGCCUUGGAGGAGACGUGUUUUUCUUAUUUAGACUUUUCUUUCUCUGUUUCUUCUCAUACAUAGAUGGCUGGCUCUCAUCAGUUUUUUUCCUAUUCUUUCCCUUUUUCUAAUUUCUAUCUAAUGGAAUCUGUAAGGGCUGUAUUAUGAUCAACGGUAUAAAAAAACAGAAAAAGGAAACAUAGACCUUCAGUGAUGAA